UUUUCUAUGUUCUUCGUUUAAUUUCUCUUAUCCUUCUUAAUUCUCAUAAACUCUCACCACCAACCAAAAUCCCCGACGUGGGGUCGAAGGGCUUUAUCUCUUCUACUGCCACCGAUUCUUAAACUACAGGUACGGCUUCGUAGGGACGCGCCGAUUUACUCGCAGACAUGGCGAGCACACUAUCAGAAUUACCCAGUCUCGACCCCUUCGUCCUGUUGCUCCCACUUAUCGCCGCAGGUUACACCGGUGCUUUCCUAGUUUCGGCCGGUUUGUCCUCGUGCACAACCGCAUUGGGUAGGUCUUCUUGAUCUCACCUCAUCUUCCUCCUCGUCUAUCCUACUAUAUUUGAGUUACUAUAUCGAACUUAUGAUAAACCUAGAUCAAUGUUAUUCUGUCUUAAAAAAAAAAUGUUAUUGUAUCUUUGGGUUAUUAUUAUGGAGACUUAUCACAAACAUUCUCGUUACGUUAUUAUUAUUAUUAUCAUAUAUUAAACUUAUAUCUUAAUUAUAUUUUUUUUGGCUAAUGUAAAGAAUGCAAAUUUCCUCCAAAAACACUUUAAUCCCCAAAAUGAUCACAAUAAUAACUAAGAAAUAUAGUUGAGACUAGGUCAGGGCAUUUGGUUGGAUCAAAUUUGAAUUGGUUCCUAUCAGGUUUGGGUUUUUUCGAGUCAUGCAAAUUUGAACUCGGUUAGGUAUUUAAAAGUUUUUGAUUCCGGUUUGAAUUGUAUUUAAAAUACCUAUUAUUUUCAAAUAUGUAGCGAAUUUGGAUCGAUUCAGAUAUUUAUGACUCAAAAAGAAUUCAAAGCACCUGAAAUAGAUUUGAAGAUCCGAAAAAUAUGAAACUAAAAAAAAAAAUAUCCGAAAAUAAUUAAAUAUUUGAAAAUAUUACCUGAAGUCCGAAACAAAAACUCGAAAAUAAUCGAACUUUUACCCCAAUACCCAAUCAAUAUUUCUGAAAAACUGAAAAUCUACGGGAAAUCCGAAAAAUAUAUCUAAAAUAUUUAAAUAUACCUAAAAUAUUAUAGGUGUCCGAUCGGGCUUGGGAUUAUGAAUAGGUUUUCGUUUUCGAACCAAAUAAAAUGCCCACGCCUAGUCGAGAAAUCACGUGGAACGUUCGAUCUUGAUCUAAAACCAAAGCCAGCAAGCUUCUGUGUACAUCUAAUUAUCGUAGAAGCAAGAUAAUCUCCCAUCAAUAAAUAGUACAGUCUUCCUAUUCCCCCACCCAAAUCUAUCUCUAGAAUCAAAAUCUUCAACCCAUGUCAUCUGAUUCUCCGAGAAAACCAGAAGCUCAGUAUCUGCCUCUAGGAUCUCAACAUGGGCCAAAAGCUCAGUAUCUGCCAUUUGCUUUAGGGAUUCGUUUGUCUCCUCAUCGAGCAGAUGAGACCACGGAAGGAACUUCUUCACAAUUGGGACCAUUACGAAAGGUUUGGUGGAUUCAUCGAAGAAUGCUGUCAAGGCUCGACAUGCUGUUUCCCAGAACAAAAGAAGAUACCAGAACAUUAUUGCAAUGGGGUUUCCUGCUGGUCUGGUGAUAUGAGCUCUGGCUUUUUUGGAUAUGUUGAGGGUUUCUACCGCAACCAGAUGGAACAAGUUAUUACCUUUCUUGAAACUCGACACAAGGGAAAAUACAAAGUUUACAAUCUUUGUUCAGAGAGGUUGUAUGAUGUAUCGCUAUUUGAGGCAAAGGUGGCCAGUUUCCCAUUUGAUGACCAUAAUUGCCCACCAAUCCAUUUGAUUACAUCAUUUUGCCAAAGUGCAUAUUCUUGGUUAAAGGAGGACAUAGAGAAUGUUGUGGCUGUUCAAUGUAAGGCUGGAAUGGCAAGGACCGGGCUCAUGAUAUGUAGUCUUCUGCUAUAUCUGAAGUUUUUUCCGACUGCUGAAGAGUGCAUGGACUUGUACAAUCAGAAACGAUGUGUGGAUGGAAAAGGGCUUGUGCUACUGCUACCUAGCCAAAUUAGAUAUGUGAAAUACUUUGAACGAAUAUUAACCUACUUCAACGGUGGAAUUCUACCAGGCCACAAGUGUAUGCUUAGAGAAUUCCGGUUCCAUACCUAUUGGAUCAGGCCAUCCAUCACCAUCUCAGACCACAAUGGGGUUCUCUUUGCAACGAAAAAGCAUCACAGCUGGUGCACGGAAGCAAGGCUGAAGCAAGAGAGAACUCUGCUGGGUCUGGGAUCAACGCGUCAAGCUCAGAGAGUAGUGAGUUCAAGGUUAUGGCGGCUGAUGCAUCUGUGUUCUCGUUUGGAGAUGAAGACGACUACGAAAGCGACUAAAGAAUGAUAGAACAAAGAGAAGCCAAGGCGUGUUUACAUAAAAACAGGAGAAUGUUAUAUCAAUUAGAUGAUGGAACCCAUUCGUUAUGUUGUGGCGUUUUUAGUAUUGCUGCACAAAACUAUAAGUUGGUUGUUUGCUUCUUUGUAUUUUGAUUUUGUUUUUUCUUGGAAUCAUUAAACAAUUCAUCUUAAUACCAAUUAUUUCACUGGCUGUGUAAUAACGAUGGUAAAAAUUUUACUUGGUUCAUAACGAUGUUUGUUUCUCAGUGA